AUGCCGGCAGCGACAACCUCAGCAUUGCUGGCAUUGGUGACAGCAUCAGCAUCGGUGGCAGCGGCAAAGACAGCGACAGCGACAGCUACAGCAGCAGCUUCAACUAAGCCGCUAGCGAAUGAAUUGAGGAAUGAAGCAAAAAAUAAAAUAAAGUCAGUAGAAGCAGAAGAGCGGCGACAAAACGCCGGAAGGAAUGGCAGCGGUGCAGCGGACCUCACCAAGGAUCAGUGCAACAAAACGGUGGACAUCUUCGAGGAUGUCAGUUCGCCAGAGGUGAAUAACCUAAAUGUGGGACGGCCGUUAACCUGCUGGUACCGGUUCCGUACGCUGAAAGGGGCACCACGCGACUUUGUGUUGCGGUUGCGUUUUAAAAAAUUUAAAGUUGGCACGCUAUUUAAUGCAACACACUGUGAGGGCGGCUAUUUACAGAUUGUUGAUGGCAAUGCGAAGACGGAUGUUUCCAAUCGCCGUGAGCCAGGCAUGUUUUGUGGCGAGGCGGAGCAGCCACAGACAUUCAUCAGUGAGACCAACUAUGUCAAAGUGCUCUUCCACACGGAUAAUUUUACUGAUCAGACAUAUUUCACAUUUGAUUCGCGUGCUGAGCAACAAACGGAAGUUUAUUUACGUUAUGGCCAACAUCCGGAAUUGUAUCCCAAUCGACGCGGCGAAGUGGUGCAAGGGUCCUACUGUGAGCGCGAAUAUCGCGACUGCAGAUUGCAAACGUGUUACGUGCAAUCGCCCGCAUAUCCUGGCCUAUAUCCGCGUGCAUUAAAUUGUCGUUAUAAAUUGCAUACGCGACAGCCGUACAUAAAAUUGUAUUUGCAGAAUGAACAAUUCGCGGUGGAUGGACAGAGGUGCGAAAACGUCAUGACCUGUCCCAUACGGCCAAUUGGUUCCGGCAAGGAGCACUGCCCCUACGAUUGGCUUGCCGUCUACGAUGGCCGCGAUGAGCAUUCACCACUUAUUGGCAAAUUUUGUGGGCUGGGCAAAUUUCCGUUUAGUAUUAUUGGCACUUCACAAUUCAUGUACGUCGAGUUCGUUACCUCUCCCGCGGGCCCACUGCUCAAUACUGGGUUCCACUUCAAUGUUGGCAAUUGGCCCGGUCAUGUCGAGACGGCAGGCAUUAAACAUGGCAUUUGCGAUUGGUUACUCAGCUCGGAUUCGUUGAAGGAUAGCAGCGCUAGUGAGGGUAUAUUUUUGAGUAUUGCCCAUUGGUAUCCACCGAAUACGUCGUGUAGCUAUCACAUCAAAGGGCGAACGGGCGAAAUUGUGCGGCUCUAUUUUCCAAGCUUCCGCAUCAAUCGCAUUGAAUCGCCCAUUCUCAAGUAUGACGGCGACUGUGGCGAAUCACUCACAAUCUACGACUCUGAUCAUCCCGACCCAGCGCGAAUCAUCAAAACCUUUUGUGACACAUUUUCGCGUCCCAUGGAAAAAGUGGACUUCGUGAGCACCAGUCCUUCGCUCUACGUGCAAUUCGACUCGAAAACAGGUUCUUACAGCGGCUCAUCACUCUACUAUUGGGCACACUAUGACUUCUUCAAUAAUACCCGCUUUGGAGAUCCGGUGCCGAAUACGCUCUGCGAUGAGGUUAUGUACGCCUGGAAGCAUCCGGGCGGCAAGAUACGUUCGCCCAUGAACUCGCUGAUCUUCAAACGCACUGGUGGUUCGGAUGUGCGCUGCCAAUAUAAGUUUGUCACCGAUCGUCGGCUGUAUGCGCGCGCUGUCAUCGAAGUCACUUCGGUAUCAUUCAAGGAGUUGCCUUACAACAACAAUGCCUGUACGCGUUGUCACGAAGAACGCGUCGACAAGCUGGUGAUUUGGGAGGAGCGCGAGAAGUUCCAGAAUAAUCUCGCCUGCUUCUGCGAUAAUAUACCGCGUGCAGUGCGUGUCAUCUCCUCCGCCGAUCAAAUGAAUCUCGAGAUGAUCGUGCAGGGUCAACAUGCCAUCACGUCCUAUUUCAAGAAUCCCAAUCCACUAUUCGAGGCGUCUUAUGAGUUUGCGCACGGUCCGCUAUGCGGUCCCAUAACAUUGGGGCCCUCGCCCGAUGGUGAAUUGGUGUUUCCCUUCAAAAAAGCAUUGGCGAUGGCGGCGGGCCCAAUGGCCGCCGUGCCUGAGCAUCAUUACCGUCGCGAAAAGUGCAUUUGGGAGCUGAAAGUAGCGGCACAACGCGAUCUGUGGCUGAAUUUGGAGAAAGCGCGUUUUGCUGAUCGCAGUUGUGAUAGCGCCAAAAUUGAAGUAUACCUUGCGGGACGACUGGAACCGCGCUUUAUUAUGUGCCCCGAGAAUAUCUCCUUAGCACGCGAUCUACCCAUACUCUCGGCAGCCGAUUUAGGUGCACUCGGCGCCGAUCAAGAACCACUGCCAGUGCUGAUACAAUAUACCGGCGAUGGGCAGCCGGGCAAGAAUGCCUUCCGUUUGGUCUGGACCGAACUGUUCCAUUUGCCACGCAAUCCCGACGGUAGUUUGGCGUCGUCGUUGCUACAGGACGGCGGCUGCGACUUUCGUUGUCCCGGCGACACAGAGGUCUGCAUACCACGCCACCUGCUUUGCAACGGUGUCGACAAUUGUCCGAACGUGACGCACAUCUCUACGAUGGCUCAACUAACGCGGCACAUUGAGUGGAAUCUGGAGCAACUCGGUCUACUGCAUCGUGCGCACGACUACAAGGAACUUGUGCUAAACGACGAAUCACCAGAGAUAUGCCUGCGUCAGGAGUUGAGCGAAUUGCCCUAUGGCAAGUUGAUAUUGAUUACGCUGGGCCUAAGCUUGAUGCUGACGCUAUUCGUGGCGAUAUUGUGCCGCAUGUGUCGGGGGCCGGGUCAUGCCUAUCACAGCAGAUACUAGAAGUACGAGUGUUGGUUGCAUGGCAAACCGCUGGGCGUGCACGUGUAGCAGUUGUACGCAGCGGGGCAGGCACUGGUAAGGCACUGUCGGUAGAUGGCGAUGUUGUCGAUGAAGGCAUACCUACUUUGCGCUUGGGCCGCAGUAGUAGUAAACGGCUAUGGAAAAUACAUACAUACAUAUAUUUUUAAUGUGAAAGUAUUAAGUGUUAAGUUUUUGGUUUUCUACACUUAAGUAUUGUACCUUUUUGGAAUACCCACUGAGCGAAAAAUAGUUGCCUGCUAAGUAGUAAAUGAAGAGGGCAUUAAAUGAAUAAAUUAGAAGGUCUAAUUGUAGUUACUCAUUAAGAGUUUAAGCGAAUAACUCGAGUUUAGACUUUUGUAUUUGCAUUUCAGUAUUACUGCAACUGAAUCGAAAAAAGAAUCAAGGGAAAUUACAAAAACAAAAAAAAACAAUUAAUCUAUACCCUUAAAGUGCUAACAGAAAUGCUAAAGGACCACUGACAGAACUUGAUGAGUUGUAUUUACUAUGCCUCAAUGUGGACACAUAAACAAAUGUUUUAAGUGUAAGUUUGUGUAAAGGCGUUGAACCCUAAGUAAAAUAAUAAAGUCCAUGAAUAGGAAAUGAACUACUAAACUUUUUCUUUCUAGUCAGGAAGCGCUUUAGUUGUUUUUUUUUUCGAAAAUAAUCUUGAUGGCUGGAUAUUCCCAACUUCGAGCCUCUGAAAUCAUUAAUUGCGCUGUGCAGCAUUCAAAAUUACCAACGAGAAUUCGCAAUGCAGGUGAAAUUCCAGGUUUUACCCGGAAAUGCUGCAUACUCAGUUUUGCAUUUUCUUAUGAAUUUAGUUUGUUAAAGGAUUUUAAAGCUAAAAGGACUAAAUUUUCAAAAAAUUAUUUAAACUACUUAUACUCUCUUCAUGAUAUUAAUGCGGGUAUUAGACGAAAGAGGAAACAUUCGGCUAUUAAAAAGUGAAUUUUUUUUACCUUUCGCCAGGACAAAUGCAGUACAAUAAAGCCCUUUGAAAAAUAUAACCUUAAAUAUCUUUAAAAUUUCCUAAUGAAUUAUUUUGAAAAAAAAAUAUGUUUAAGAUAUGUUCAACUUUGUUUUUCGUGCUGUUUCAUAAAAACGUAAAAAACAGUUGAAGUUCUCGCCUAUGACAUAAGGUAUACGCAGUGGAUGCCUCUGCUUAGGUUUUUCUCUUCAAAAGUUUAAAGUCCUUUAAAAAACUUAAUUGAUGAGAAAAUAAAAAAUUUACUACCCAGCAUUACUACAUAAAACCCAUAGUUUCCCAUGCAUAUGGAAUUUUUCUCUGAUACCGAAAAAAGUUGAUUUUGUCCAACGGCAUUGUACGCAAAAACCUGUUUGAGUUAUAGAGAAAUGGAAAUUAAAAACAAAAAACGAAUAUCAAUUUCUUCGAUUCUCUAAUCGGGUAUAAGAUAUGCAAGACUUUCUAAAAUUUCUAGGACUUCCCGUUUAGAAAUGCAAGCCUUUCUUUUUGUAGGUACUCAAGAUAAUUUUGGUUUUGUCCUUUCACCAUCUUUAAAACAUAAAAACUGCCGGUGAUACACUGAAAUUUGUGAUUUUUAACGAAAAAGAAUUAAUAAUAAAUAUGCGAAAAUAAGUUUUUUAUAAUAGAGAAAAAUGCUGUGUAAUGAAGCUCUUGCUUCACAGUGUCCCCACAUGUUGCGUUCAGGGUCUAAGUCGGGUGGAAGUUUAAUCAUUAAACUCCCACGUUGCGAUCUUCUCUUCAGCUAAUUUUCCCAAGCUAAUUUUGUUCAUAUUGCAGAUGAAAUAAGCAGUAAAAUUAUUGCGCUUUUGAUUACAAACAAAACUCUAGAGAAAAUAAAAAAACAACCAAAAAUGGUAAAAAAGGUCAGUGUCAAUGGACAUAUGGUAUGUGUCUCCUUCGAACACAUACCAGAUCGACCGUCUAAUAAGAUUUUCAUAUUCUGAAGUUGAAUAAAAAGGGACUUUCAAAAAUAUAUUAUUUUGAAAAUUCACUCUUCAGAACAAGAACUCUAGGUUCUCAAAGGCCCUUAGCCAACUUCUAUAAAAAUUUAAAUGAAAUUAUCUUAUGAUGGUUUUGCGCUCGUUCAACUAACUCUUCACGGUAGCCUUGUAGGUAACUUUAUUUUGGUGGCUUUGUUCAUUUGAUCUGAGCAAAAAAUAAGGAUUACAUAGGAUAUUCCCUUUGGUAAGAGAGUGGUUACAUGUAGAGUACCUUCGUUACUAGUGUUACUAGUACUACUGACGUCAUACACUACAGAAGCACAUGUUCAAGGAAAGGUUCAUGAUGAAAGAUGAUUGGAUAAAUGGUUAAUUUUGACUAGAGUAUAGUCACCUUUGGAAUAAUAAAAUCACGCACUCCAAAUUUCCUUUAAAGAUUACAUGCCAGACAAACCGUUAAGGAGCAAAAUACCGUUAUGCUGUUGUAAGCAAAUAUCUUCAAAUUAGGCGAUUGCAAUUCUCAUCUUAGGUCUACAGGCUAUUACAAUUUUUUCUCUGACUGCGUAUAGAAUUAUCUGCUACCCGAAAUGUGUAUUAACAACAACAAUGACAUUUACGAAUGAUCGAACUUUCUUUGAUGGUCUACUCAGAUUGCACACUUCUACUGGGUUCUGUUAGAGAACGAAUCCAUGGCAAGUGAUCGAAGUAUUCUGAACAUUGCCGAACAUUUUUGUUAAAAAUUAGUUUUUUAUAGGCUUCAGUAUAAUAGAAAACAGACUGAAAACAUUUUGAAAAAAAAGUUCAUAAUUUUGAGAAGUAUUCAAUACUGAAAAUUUUGGUAUAGAGUUUCUAAAGCAAAAUAUAUCGGCUCUUUUAAACAUU